GUGAAUGGGCGGAGCCUUUAGAUCGAUUUCCUGUUUGUGGCGGCGGUACAGAUGGAUUUCGUUGCUUUUCAGCGUCGAUAGCUGGACAUGGUUGUUCCAUAGUAGUGACCCAAAUGGAUUCACACGGCUCGGACACGGAGGACGAGGCCCAGCAGCAGAAACCUCUUCUUCACCGCAGACACGAGGACAACAUUCAGCGGGCUCCAGCAUGCUUUUCUGCACGCUAUGGCCUGGCCCUGUUGUCGUGUUUCGGCUUCUUCGUUGUCUACGCCCUGCGGGUCAACCUGAGUGUGGCCAUGGUGGACAUGCUCAACAGCACCCACCAAGCACACCCCAACCACAGCAGUUCUGUGUGUCCCCCCCACCAAAGCCCGGCACGCCCUAAACACAACCAAACUGCCAGGGUGUACAACUGGGAGACAGAGACGCAAGGCUGGAUCCUGGGCUCGUUCUUCUACGGUUACAUCCUGACCCAGAUCCCCGGGGGCUACCUGGCGGGCCGUUUGGGGGCCAAAUGGUUGCUGGGUUUGGGCAUCCUGGGGACGGUGGUGUUCACUCUGCUCACCCCCUUGGCGGCUGACCUGGGUGCCGGCUACCUCAUCGCCGUCAGGGUCCUGGAAGGUGUCGGGGAGGGUGUCUCCUUCCCUGCUAUGUACAGCAUGUGGGCAGCGUGGGCGCCGCCCCUGGAAAGGAGUCGUCUUCUCACCACCUCCUACAUCGGAAUCCAGAUCGGGACAGUGGUGUCUCUCCCGCUGUCAGGUGAAAUCUGUUUCUACCUGGACUGGACCUACGUCUUCUACAUCUUUGGUGCAGUGGGCCUCUUGUGGUUUGUGCUGUGGACAUUCCUGGCCUACGACAGCCCAGACACUCACCCGUGGAUCUCGGAGCGUGAGCGAGUCUACAUCACAAGCUCACUUAAGAAGGAGCUGUCGCCACCGGGAGGACACAUCCCCUGGCGAGCCAUCGUGACGUCACGCCCACUGCUGGCCAUCGUGGUGGCUCACUUCUCAUACAACUGGACCUUCUACACCCUCCUCACCCUGCUGCCCACCUAUAUGAACGACGUACUGGGCUUCAGCAUACAGCAGAACGGCUGGUUGUCGGCGCUGCCUUACCUGGGCUGCGGUGUGUUGGCCAUACUGAGCGGUCAGCUGGCCGACUACCUGCAAGAAAGGUGCCGUUACCCCACCGUCACGGUCCGGAAGUGCUUCUCCCUCGUUGGUAUGAUCGGACCGGCAGUCUUCCUGGUGGCGGCGGGUUACACGGGAUGCAACUACACCUUGGCGUUGACUUUCCUCACCAUCUCCUCUUCGCUGGGCGGAGUGUCGGCGUCCGGCUUCAACAUCAACCAUUUGGAUAUUGCUCCUUCGUACGCGGGCAUCCUGCUGGGCAUCACCAACACCUUCGCAACCAUUCCUGGCAUGGUGGGACCCGUCAUUGCAAGAAGCCUCACUGUAAAUAACACAAUGGAAGAAUGGCAGACGGUCUUCUACAUCGCGGCAGCCAUCAAUGUUUUCGGUGCCACCUUCUACAGCAUCUUCGGACGAGGCAACGUGCAGCCCUGGGCCAUCCACACCGACUCUGACACCUUCGCAGACUAAGACCAAAGCCCGCUUCUAGAAGAAAAAAAACGAAACCUCUUCGACAAACCAU